UACCUGUCAGUCAGUCAGCACCGAGCCACACGGUGCAGGGGAGAGGGAUAACAGUGGAGAUGACAGGACAGGACGAUGUGGACAUACCCGAAACAGGAGCCAUCUUCACAUUUGGAAAGAGCAGUUUUGCUGACAAUGUGCCUAGUAAAUUCUGGUUGAAGAAUGAUCAGCCAGUACACCUAUCUUGUGGAGGAGAGCACACUGCUGUCAUCACAGAAAAUGGCAGGCUGCUCAUGUUUGGUGGUAAUACUUGGGGCCAACUGGGGCUUGGAUUCAAGCCGGCUGCCAGCAAACCUGCCUCUGUGAAAUCCUUGAAGUCUGAGAAUGUAAAACUUGUAGCUUGUGGGAGAGAUCACACAAUCGUCUGCACAUGGCAGGGUAGUGUGUUUGUUGCUGGCAGUAACCAGGAGGGGCAGCUCGGUUUGGGCCACUGGAACAACACUACAUCCUUUCACCUGCUGCAUCCCUUCUGUGAACAUGCACCAAUCAAAAUGCUUUCUGCAGGAUGCAACACCUCAGCUGCCUUAACAGAGGACGGGAGACUGUUCCUGUGGGGAGACAACGCUGUGGGUCAGAUUGGUUUGGGGGACGAGGGGUUUGCAGCAGAACCCAGAGAGGUGGAUGUAAGGGAAGCAGUGAUAUGGGUCUCUUGUGGGUACCACCACUCAGCAUUUGUCACAGUGGAUGGAGAUCUCUACACGUUUGGAGAGAGUGCAAAUGGAAGGCUUGGUCUCCAGGUGGAGCAGCUGGCCAAUCACAGAGUCCCUCAGCGGGUGCAAGGGAUUCUGGGUCGUGUCAUCCAAGUGUGCUGUGGAGGGGAGCACACUGUGGCACUCACGGAGGAGAACGUGUACACGUUUGGCAGAGGUCAGUACGGUCAGCUGGGCCACGGGACAUUUCUGUUUGAAGUUGAUUUGCCAAAACCACUGGAGCACUUUUGUAACAGCAGCAUCAAACAUAUCGCCUGUGGAGAAAACCACACCGCUGUCAUCACAAAAAGUGGGUUUCUCUACACGUUUGGUGAUGGUCGUCAUGGGAAACUGGGUUUAGGGGAGGAGAACUUCAUUAACCAGUUCAGCCCGACACUCUGCACACGUUUUGUCAAGUACAAUGUUCAAUUAGUGUCCUGCGGUGGUAACCACAUGCUGGUACUGGCUACACCCAGACCACCAGAGAGCCAAGAAGUGGUGCCAGAAGAGGAUGUCACAAUCACAGAGAACGUUUUGGAGCCAAUUUACACAGAAAUUAUCCCGCUGGACCCUUUCAUUGAUCCUAAUCCACUGGUCCCACUCUCGGCCCUCUCUGCUCGAGCCCGGCAUAGAGAAAAAGAAAACUCUGUGGAGCUGUUUGGGAAGAUGUUUCAGAACCUCCCACGUCUAAAUUCUGGCUUCCUCAACACCUCCUGGCAAACAUCCAGAAAUAUCCCAACCCCUAAAACGCUCUCAAAGGACUUUACUACCCCUUCCUCAUCCCCCAAACCACAAUCAGAAGCAACACUAAGCCCACCACUCUCCCCCAGAUCUCCAGUGUUACCCUCUAAGCCAUCGAGCCCACGUUCUCAAUCAUCAAACACCUUUCAGAAUAAAUCCUCUACCGCUGCUUCUUCGAAGUCUAAAUCCAAAGAGCUGCCUUCUCCCUUACUGUCACCAAAGUUUACAACUAAACGUAACACCCCACAAUCUCCUAGACGGACUGCAAAAAAAAGACUGUAUAGAACCGCUAAAAAAGCUUUAAUUGAAGAAUCUCCUCUAUCACCUAAAGAGCCCUGCAGUCCCACCAGACCCUCAAAGAAACAUCUCAGUGAGAAAGAGCAUCCUGCCUCGCCACAAACACAGAGAGAAACUAUUCAGGGCCAAAUUGUCAUAGAAGAGUUGGAGGAGAAAGGAGUCGACUCUGACCUUUUGCCAAAUGUGGAAAAGAAGAAAGGCCGAGCUCUUAGAAGAACUACGAAAGAGGCAGAGUUGUUUGCCAAACGGCUCCAGUUCAAUGGGAAGGCAGAACAAAAUUCUCUUAAGGCCUCUCCCACAGAGCUCCUGAAAGGCUCUUUAAAGAAAGAAGUGCCUCCACUGAAGAGCUUAAAGAGUCUGAAAAACACAUCUAAAAAGGUUACAUCUAAAGGCAAAGAGAACAUCACCAAGCAGUCCAAUAAAAUCAAAACUCAUGAGGACGGAAUAGUUCGAAAGGAAACCUCCCAUUUGGAAUCACCAAAACUAUUAGCAUCAAGCCCAAAAACUCCACAAUCUGUCCGGAAGACACUGACACAGCAGAGACUGGUGGCUGCAGUGAAGGAAAAUGACAAAAGAAACAGAAAUGUGAAAGAAAGUAUUAUAAACCAAAAGGAUAUGAAAGCCAGUGCUUUAAAAAAAAACGUCACUGGGACACUGAAACAGGAGGAAAAUAAAUCAUCUGCUUUGGACAAGACAUCUUCUGUUAUGAAGGUCACUACAGGAAAUGAAACAACCAGCAUAUCUGUCCAGAGAGGAAGUUCGUUAUCAGUAGAAAAAGAUGCAGAGAUCCAGAGUGAAACCACUGACGUCAAACCUGUUGAAGUGCAGAUGCAACGAGAGUCACAGCAAUUCAUAUCGACUCCAACAAAAGAUUUUCACAAGGUUGAAUCUGCACCGGGAAGAGGUCAAAAUAAGAAAAAAGAAACCACACCCGCCUCCACACCUGCUCAGGUUGAUACUAAGAAAUCCCGAAGUGUGAAAUCCAUACCUGUGAAAGUUAAAGGGAAACCGAAAGAGGUCAAAUCCACACAAGUCAUAAAUCCAAGUAAAGGUGCAAGAAAUACUCCAGUUAAAAUUGAAAGUAAAAUAAAAGUUGUGGAAAAUGAGUUAAACAAAGCUCAAAAAAUGAAAGGUAGAACUGCAGAUAAGCAGAAGAUACCUGAAGGUGACAGCGCUGAAGUAAAGGACCAAAAGAAGGCAAAAGAAUCUAAACUGAAGGAAAAAACAAAACCAGGGGGAGACGAAGGGGAUGAAAUCAGAGUUAAAGGAGAAGCUGACUCUGAAGAUAUUACGAGGGCCAAGCCAAGGAGUAAGCAGACUGAAGUUUCCACACCUAUUGAAGUUCUGUGUAACCCCAUCUCCUCUCAAAGCCCUCAGAGAACAGAAGUGAUUCCGGUCAGCGGCGCCAAAUCCCCACAAGGCCCCAAACCUGUUGAAAAGGAUCUGUUUGUUUCUGAAACACACAGAGAGGAUGCUCAGAGCCUGACUGAAGAGAAGCCAAUGUGGGGGGAGAUGCUCAGUACCGCAGCCGCUCUUCUUCCUGUUGUUGGGAUAGCAGGUGCAGCUAUGAAAGGCCUUAGCGAUGCAGUGACAAACAUAGGGGAUUUCCAGUCUGACAGUGACACAGUUACCUCAACACCACCCAAAACACCCAGUCGAGUGAAGCAAUUCACAAAACAGAGUGCAGUUAUGCAACCUUCCUUUUCCUCGACACUGUCACAUUUUUCUUCAACAGAGGCGUCAAAUCCAGCAGAAGGAAGCACAGAGAAAGAUGUUCAGGUCAAGAAGAAUGUAGUUCAAGAAGAAGAACGUAAUGAUACCUUUCAGUCACAACAGGGGGUGGUGAAAAGUGACGGGAGUGAAGACACUUCCCAGCAAGAACAUAAAGAAGAUGAGAAAACCUACAAGGAUCAUAAGGGAGGAGAAACAGAUACUGAAGAUGAGGAAAAGAAGAACAAUGAAGAGAGUGGAAGCCAUGUGGAAGGCAAAGAAGAAGUCAAUGAGGAGGAGGGAAGUGAAAGUAGCAAUGACUUAGAGGAGGAAAAAGACAGUGUUUCUGUAGAUGGCGAGGAAGAGCAAGAUAAUGAACUUGCAGAGGAAGAUGGUGAGGAGGAAGGAGGAAGUGAGAAGAGUGAUGUCACAGAGGCUGAAGAGGAGGAAGAAGAAAGCAGUGAGGAAACAGGUGGAGGAGGAAGUGAGUCUGAGGUAAGUGAGGCAGCAGAGGAAGAGGGAAGUGAAAGUGAGGAAGAGAAUAAAGAAGAAGAGGAAGAAAGUGAGGUGAGUGAGGAUGAAGAUGAUGAAAGUGGCCAAGAGUCGGGGAGCAGCAAGAGCAAAGAGUCAGAGGAGGAGGAGAGAGACGGAGGUGACACUGCAGAGUCAGACUCUGAAGAAGAAGAAAGUGAGGUGAGUGAGGAUGAAGAUGAUGAAAGUAGCCAAGAGUCGGGGAGCAGCAAGAGCAAAGAGUCAGAGGAGGAGGAGAGAGACGGAGGUGACACUGCAGAGUCAGACUCUGAAGAAGAAGAAAGUGAGGUGAGUGAGGAUGAAGAUGAUGAAAGUAGCCAAGAGUCGGGGAGCAGCAAGAGCAAAGAGUCAGAGGAGGAGGAGAGAGACGGAGGUGACACUGCAGAGUCAGACUCUGAAGAAGAAGAAAGCGAGGUUGACGCAGAGGACGAGGGUGAAAUGGAGGAAGAAAAAGAUUCCACUGAGAAAGACUCAGAAGAAGAUGAAGAAACAGAUGAGGAACAGGAUGAAGUGAGUGUUGAAAAUGAGGAAGCGGAAGACAGUGAGCCUGAUGAAGAUGAGGAAGAGCAAGAUGAAAAGAGCGAUAAAGAAAAUGAGGGGGAGGAUGAAGACAGUGAGGAAGAAGUGUCUUUAGAUGAGGGGGAAGCUGAGGACGAGACUGCAGAGGAGGAACAAGAGGGUGAGGAGGAAGAAGAAGAGAGUAAGGAGGAGGUAGGAGAGGAGGAGGAAGAAGAGAGUAAGGAGGAGGUAAGAGAGGAGGAGGAAGAAGAGGGUGAGGAGGAGGAAGAAGAGGAUAAGGAGAUUACAGAGGAGGAAGAAGAAGAGGGUGAGGAGGAGGUAGGAGAGGAGGAGGAAGAAGAGAGUAAGGAGGAGGUAAGAGAGGAAGAGGAAGAAGAGGGUGAGGAGGAGGAAGAAGAAGAGGAUAAGGAGAUUACAGAGGAGGAAGAAGAAGAGAGUAAGGAGGAGGUAGGAGAGGAGGAGGAAGAAGAGGGUGAGGAGGAGGUAGCAGAGGAGGAAGGAGAAGAAGAGGAAGAGAGUGAAGGUGAGGAGAAGAAAAAAAUAAAAAGAAAAGAGGAAAGUAAUGUGGCUAAUAAAAAGGAGACAGAAGAGAGUGAUGAUGAUGAGGAGGAGGAAGGAGUUGGGGAGGAAGAGGAGAAUGAAACAAAGAUUAAACCAAAAAUAGAGCGAAGACUCAAAAAUCAGAGAGAAGAAACAAAACAGAAACAACCUAAAGGAAAGAAAGGUAGUGAUUCUGAGGGAAAUGAAGAUGAGGAGAGUGAGGAAGAAGCUAACGAAGUAGGUAAAGAGGAGGAGGGAGAAGAGGAGGAGGAGGAGAAGGAAGAAGGAGAGGAGGAAGGAGAGGAGGAGAAGGAAGAAGGAGAGGAGGAAGAAGGAGAGGAGGAGGAGGAGAAGGAAGAAGAAGGAGAGGAGGAAGAAGGAGAGGAGGAGGAGGAGAAGGAAGAAGAAGGAGAGGAGGAAGAAGGAGAGGAGGAGGAGAAGGAAGAAGAAGGAGAGGAGGAGGAAGAAGAAGAAGAAGAAGAAGAAGAAGAAGAAGAAGAGGAGGAGGAGGAAAAGGAAAAGGUAAAAUCAUCAAAAACAAAAAACAUACAGAAGUUGCCUCCUGACAGAAAAGACAAACAACAGAAAGAAGCACCCAAACCAGCACCGAGGACAAAGCAGAGUGCUGGAGUGAAGAAACAAGAUGACUCUCAGCAGUUCUGGAACAAUGUUCUACCUCAGUACCUCGACCUGCAAUAAAGUUCAUGUAUAAGUACUAGUGUUUAACUGAAGGGACACGGACUCAGCACCACAAGUGUCCUGCAGUAUGACCUGCUCACUGUGAGUAAGACUCAACCAAAGUGUAGUCUGUC